UAUCCAAAGCCUUAAAAAAUAGUUCAGACAAAAAACAUUCACAACAUUUUCUUUUCCUUACAAAAAUCUGCUUCUGACUUUCUGUAAUAAUAUUUCUAGCUCCAAAGGGACAAUUUUUUCAUUCAGCACCCUGUCUUUUGUUUUUUUUCUCUCGUGUUUUUUACAUCCAACGAAAAAUGGCGAGAAUUCAAGAAAGUCGUGUUUCGUUUAACGGUGAAAGCGCUUCUCAUAUUGGAUUAUCAUUAUCACAGAUAAUUUUAUCCAGCAAUUCAAACACCACCUUGGAUUCCAUCUUCUCCUACUGCCAGCAAUCCAAUCCGUUGACCAGUCAACCCUUCGAGCCGUUGGGUUCGUCGGUGUAUCUGAGGCAGAGAGAUUUGCUGCAGAAAUUUUCCGACGAAAACCCGUCGAUUCGGAAGACGCUGAUAUCCGACCCGGUUAGGCAACCGGGUCAUCUGCAGACGUAUUUCAGCCCGAGUAAGAAGAAGCUUUACAGGGGGGUGAGGCAGCGGCACUGGGGCAAAUGGGUGGCGGAGAUUCGGCUGCCGCAGAACAGGAUGAGGGUGUGGCUCGGUACCUACGACACGGCGGAGGCCGCCGCCUACGCCUACGACAGGGCGGCGUACAAGCUCCGCGGCGAGUACGCCCGCCUGAACUUCCCGAAUUUGCGUGACCCGACCCGGAUCGGGCUCGGUGACGGGGCGAGGCUCGACGCCGUGAGGAGCGCCGUCGACGCUAAGAUUCAGGCCAUUUGCCAGAAGGUGAAGAGGGAGAAGAAAUCUCAGAGGUCGGCCGCCGCCGCCAAGAAAUCGCCGGAGGUCAGUAACUAUUCCGGUGGGAGUGAGAGUACGGCGGUGAAGAAAACGGACUCUUCUUCUUAUUCUCCUCCGUCGUCGUCGGCGGCGAACGGUGAUCGGAGCUGGAGUACUGCUGGUGUUUCUGAGGAAGAUGGGUUCUGGAGAGGCGGCGGCGGCGGCGGCGGGUACGACUCCGCGGGGUCCGCCUCCGGGGAGUGGUGCUCCGCCGCCGUGGCGCCGGAGAUUGAGGAGUGCUCGCUUGCUAGGUUACCGUCGUACGACGCUGAGUUAAUAUGGGAUGUUCUUGCAAUUUAAUUAGGUAAUUAAUUAAUUUUUUUAUUAAUAUUAAUUAAUUUCGAGGUUAUAGAGUUGGGUUGAGCAAUCGAGAUGUAUUUAGUAGAACAAUGUAAUUCAUUAUAAUUCAUAAUGUUGUUUUAGACAUACAUCACUUACUAGAACAAUGUAGUUCAUAUAUCUUUUUUCCCUAUAGAUGCAUCACUUGAGU